CAUCCCCAGAAACUGUUGACCAGAAUACGUGCAACCUCUUCAACAAUAUUCGCUGUAGACCAGUUCUAGUUCCGAAAAAAAGAUCCGCGCCAUGGCGAACUUCCCUCCUCCUCCGGUCAGCACCAUCGACUGGUCCAACGUCGGAUUCAAGGUCCGCGAAGUCAACGGUCAUAUCGAGUCUUCCUACUCCGUCAAGACGGGAAAAUGGUCCCCGCUCAAGUUCGUCAGCGACCCCUACUUGCGUAUGCACGGUAUGGCGCCCGCCCUCAACUACGGCCAGCAAGCGUACGAAGGGCUCAAGGCCUUCCGUCUUCCCGGCAACGACUCGAUUGCCAUUUUCCGCGCCGACAAGAACGCGAGCCGCAUGCAGCACUCGGCCGAGUACAUCAGCAUUCCGCCCGUGCCGGUCGACUUGUUCAUUGAUGCCGUGAAAGCGGCCGUGGCUCUCAACGCCGAGUUCGUCCCACCCCACGAGACGGGCGCGGCCCUCUACAUCCGCCCUCAGAUCUUUGGAAGCUCCGCGCAGCUCGGUCUCAGCCCGCCCGAGGAGUAUCUCUUCUCCGUCUUUGUUAUCCCUACGGGCGUGUACCAUGGUACUCACCCCGUCAAGGCGCUCAUCCUGGAGGAGUUUGACCGUGCCGCGCCCAACGGUACCGGUAGCGCCAAGGUUGGUGGCAACUAUGCGCCUGUGCUCCGCUGGAGUGACAAGGCCCGCAAGGAGGGCUAUGAUAUCACCCUCCAUCUGGAUAGUGCUAGGCACGAGGAGGUCGACGAGUUUAGCACUAGUGGGUUCAUUGGCGUUCUUCGUGGCGAUGGGGGAGAGGAUGACGUUACUGUUGUUGUGCCCAGCUCCAAGGCCGUGAUUGAUAGUGUCACAAGCGACAGUAUCCAGGAGAUUGGCAGGAGCUUUGGCUGGAAGGUGGAGAAGAGACCGAUCAAGUACUCUGAACUCCCCUCCUUCUCCGAGGUCAUGGCCGCUGGUACCGCCGCCGCUCUCGUCCCCAUUCGCUCAAUCACCAGACGCGUCAAGACGUCAUCUCCCCAGUCACUCGCUUCCAGCAGUGCUACCCAAGAGCACGCUCGUGUCUCCUUCAACAAAGAGGCCGAAGAGGAAACAGUCACCUACCUCCCUGAUAACCAGGAGGACGCCGGGGACCUUUGCCUUAAGCUUCUCUCCCAGCUUAAGGGAAUUCAGCUCGGAAAGAUCGAGGAUAAGCUCGGCUGGCGCUUUGCGGUUACUGAGGAGGAUGGAAAGAAGGCAGAGAGUGCGGAGAAGGCUCGUUCUGAUGAGGGUAAGGGUAAGGAGGCGCAGGCCGUUGACCAGAUGGAUUAGAAGACUAGCUGGGAGGGGUUUUCCUGGGGGAUGGCAUAGAGGUAGAAUGGCAAGACGAUACAGCGCAACGCCUGCUUCGACUUGAUAUGGCACAUAUGACAGGGGACAAAAUUUUGAGCCCUUUCUUGCAAAGGUCGUCGUACAUCUAAUCGGUAUUGCGAUCUAGGCGCUCGAAGCACAGUGAACAUUGCCUUAAGGGGGUUUGCGUGAUGCACCUGGUAACAUGCAGGUUGGUA